UCCACCGCAGCCCCUCUCUUUUCUCUCUCGCGAGCGAUACCAAGAUGGAUUUUUGAUGUGAUGGGCAGCUGGAUCCACCCCAGCAAUCGCCUUAAAUGCCGCGCCACUCGCCGGGAGCGCUCGCUGGAUCGCGAAUUUGGGCAAAUCCUGGUGAGAUUCCCUUUGAUGCUUUGUGAGUAGCUCCUUGCGCCCAUGAAUCCCUACGAGGUCUCACAGACCUCCUCCGACACGAUCCAGUCGCUCCUAGACACCGCCCAAAAGCUGCGAGGGUGGAGCGAUGGCGGCGGCGAUGUGGGCGGAGCUGUGGCGGCGGCGGAGAGGCUCCAGCAGAGGCUAGCACAGCUCCACCAGCUCCAUUCCAGGUCAUGGCACAUCCUCCGCCACAACAACGAGCACGCCGCCUUCGUCAUGGCGCGCCUGGAGAGCAUGGAUGUUCUUUGCGCCAGGCUCGUCCCGGCCAUGGACGCCGCUCGCGCGAUUCUCCAUCGCGGCAAGAUCAUCGCCCCGGAGAAGAGACCAUCCUCCUCCAUGUGGUACGUUCUUCGCAGGACUUGCUUUUCGCGCGGCGGCGGCGGAGGUGGCGGUGGAUUGGCGGCGCCGCUGGAGGCGCUAUGCGAGGAGCUGGGCAUUUGGCUGGAGUACCAGGAAGGGAUCUUGGAGCUCCUCUCGUGUCAGGCAUUUGGAGCGGCGCCGCGGCUCCACGCAUCCACGCUCGAGGGGUACCAGCCGCUGAGCAAGCUCACGAGAAGGAUUCGCGAGGAGCUAUCUUCCAGCUCCCAGCACAGCGUGAUCAUCGUUCACGGGCCAUCCGGCGUGGGAAAAACCUCCCUCGCGGCGUACAUCGUCGCGAAUCCUCCCCAGUGCUUCGCCGAUAGCGCAGUGGAGAUUCGAGUCGGGAAAAUCGCUGGUAGCGAUCGCCGGCUGAAGAGCAAGCUAAAGUCACUCCUCCAGGAACUGAACUGCCAGAAGGAGCUUCUCCAGAGAGCUGGGAGCUCCCAGGAUUGCUGGGCGCUGCUCGAGGAGGUGGUGGCGGAGUCCUCCUACUUGAUCGUGCUGGAUGAUGUGUGUGACAAGGAGAUCGUGGACAGGAUCAUCCAGUUGAAGCGCCAUAGCUCCAAGUUCCUCAUCACUUGCCAGGAUAGUCCGGUUCCUUGCGUGGAGUCCGGCUCGGUGGCCUCGAUCAAGCUCGGCUUCCGCGACACGGCCUCGGUUAGCCGAGGCGUUCUACGGUUCCACAGUGGAAUGCCGGAGAAGAAUCUCCCAGCUGUGGCGAGCAAGCUCUUGCGACACUGCAGCCACCAUCCACUGGCAGUGGCGAUUCUCGGCGAAGCUCUGCGAGGAUCGUGGCGGCGGGCGGAGUGGAACGCGGUGGCGAAUCACUUGGAAGUUUGCUCCGGGAACCAUCUCAACUGGCUGGCGGGAGUGAUGAGCACGAUCGAGCUGAGCACAGUGGGACUCAAGCACGACACACACGAUCUCUUCACCUCGCUCGCUGCGAUCUCCUGGGACGAGCCAGUCCCGGUGGAGUGCCUCCAAGCUCUCUGGUCGGCGCUCGGGAAGGAGAGCCCGUUCUUACUCCAUGCUCGAGAGCUCGUCCGCCGGUGCUUGCUCAACCGGACACCUGACUUCCUCUUCUACGACGUCCAUGAUCUGGUGGUGAUGUUCUUGGAGCGGAAGAGAUCCAGCGCGGUGGAUGCGCUGCUCAAUCUCGCCAAGCCACACACCCGGGCAGUGGCGGCUCCCUGGCUGCUACACUUCGGGAGCAAGGAAUCCAAGCAGGCCGCCGCUGGAGCUCUCCGCGGGAUCCUGGUCCUGGACAGUGAUGAUCUCCACGCGAGCUCGCUGGCGAGCAUCGUGGACGUGGUCAAGGCUUGUUCGAGCAAGGAGGAGAUUCGCAGGGAGCUCAACGCGAUCGUGGGUGCCGAGAUCGUCAACCUCUUGUUCCGUGCUUCGUCACCCUCGGCCUACGCCUCCAUAGCCAAGUACAUCGCAGCUUGCUUCGUGGAGGCCGACUACGAGGAGUUUGGACGCGGGCUUGUGGCGUCCGGGCUCGUUCACAAGCUCCGGACGCUCCUCUCGAGCAGCGGAGCUCCGGGGAUCAACAUACUCGUCAAGAAGGACGCGGCGGAUGUUCUAGCCAAGCUCGCGAGCGCCGGAGCUGGAUCGAGCAGCGGCAGGGACAGAUACGUUUGCGAGAGUUUGAUCCGAGAGAACGUGAUGGGCGAGCUGGUGCUGCUACUCGACGCUCGAUCGGGGUGGCUCCACGAUGGAGUGCUUAACGCGGUGGUGAAGGUGGCGGGGAUUGGAGACGCGGCCAUGGCGCAGCUCCUCGAGACGGACAUGCUGGACGAGAAGCUGCCGGAGCUGCUGAGGAACCGCAAGGCGGUGGUGAAGUCGCGGGCUCUGGCGGCGCUCGUGGCGCUCAUGAAGAUUGGUGGAGCUAGAGUGGUGGAGAGAGUGUUGGGCACCGGGAUUUUGGAGGAGCUCGAGGCGCUGCUCAAUUGCCCAUGCGAGGAGGUCCAGAUGAGCGCUUGCUUGGUGUGCAAGGAGAUCUUCUCCAGGGGAUCGUCGUCUCCCGUGAUCCUGGAGCAAGUGCUCAGGAGCAAGGUGGUGGAGAUUCUCACGGGGUUGCUUGGAGACGAGGUGGUGGUACUGAGGAGCCGAGCGGUGGGAGCCCUCCAGACGCUCGUCCAGGCGAGGGGAAGUGCAGUGGCAGAUCGAAUUGUGAGAGCUGCGGGUGUGGAGAGCAUCCAGAAGGGUCUCGAGGUACUGCCCAACGAGGACAUGGGCGUGUACAAAAGCUUGCUCAGGUCGAUCGUGGGAUCCAGAAAGAGCUGAAGUUUGCUUCAUCGUGUAAAUCAAUUCUUAAUACUUUUUGUUUUCUGAGAGUGAAUAUUUAAAUUAUUAACAUUUUUAAAUA